CUUGAUACCAUGCGACAGCAUUUUUACUUCCUUGUCUGAUGAUCCUAUUUUUUCUCCCCUGGUAAAUUUCCUGUUUUUUUUGCAUCAGCCAGUUGUUGUAUUGUUUCAAGCGUACAUCAAAAGCAUAUAAUACAUGGUACAUAAUAGCCGUAUAGUGGCUGAUCACUCCACUGCAUUAUGCGUAAAACCUUUUGCGCAAAACCACAGUGAAAAGCCAAACAAAACUUAUUAAAGUAUUCUGGACUGUUUGAAGAGGCUUUGAAUGAACUAUGACAACUUCAUGUUUUAAUAAAUUACUAUGCCGAGAGGAGUAGUUUCUAGUUUCAACAGCAGGGAAAAAAGUCUGUCAGCUCGCUGUCCGGGUAUAGUUCGGUCUAGUCUGAGCACACAUCAUGGCGACCAGAUGCACAUGGAAGGUCUGCUUUGUAGGGGAUACUGGCGUGGGGAAGUCGUGCGUUGCCUUCAGAUUUCACCAAGAUAGAUUUACUGGAACCAUACCAACAAUAGGAUAUGCAUUCAUGGAAAAGUCUUUACUUGUGGAUGACGUCGAGCACGUAUUCAACUUGUGGGACACAGCCGGGCAGGAACGGUAUCGCUCGCUAGCACGGGGAUUCUUUAGGCGAGCAAGUGCUAUGGUCUUAGUGUACGACAUCACUAACUCGCAUUCUUUCCAAGUUUUGGACAAGUACUGGGUGCGGUCGGCCCAGCGUGGCGCGCCAGAGAACGUCGCCCUGGCUGUGCUCGGGAACAAGAGCGACAUAGGCGACGACCAACGACAGGUCACUGCGCAGGAGGGCAUGGAGUUUGCGCAGAAACACGAUGCCAUCUUUAUGGAGGUCAGCGCCAAGACCGGAAGCAAUGUCUUCGAAUUCUUCAAGGAACUAUCAAGGAAGCUCAUGCAGACGCCAGACCUGGAGUUCAAGACGUGCGGGAUGCGGAUCUUAACUGACCCAGCAAAGGAUCAGAAGGAGGACAAGGAGACGAAGAAUAGAUGCUGCGGACGAUUAACAUAAAUGAUGAGUUUGAUUAUAAAGACUAAAGACUUAGACAGUAGUUGAGACAUUUUACGAGACACCACACAAACGCUUACUAGUGGGGCAGGGGAAAUAUUUUUCGGGGAGGGGUGUUCACUUUGAUGAUAAAAGCGUAUGUCUUAAGAAAGAUAUUUGGCUAUAGAGCCAUCGCAGAUUUGUCCUUUGAAUAAAUAUACGUAAAAAAACAAGCAAUUUUCAAAAUGUUCAGUAUGGCUACCAUUGCUUGUUAUUCUAUAUAUUUUUUUCAAAGGACAAAUCUGCGACGGCCCUGUAGCAAAAUAUCUUUAUCAUGACAUACUCUGAAUGUGUACCAAAUUACAUGCUUGUAUCAUCAAAUGAACAAUCCCAUCACCUAUCUGCGACACUAAACACAACUUUCAUUUCAGUAUUAAACAUGAACUGACGAGUUCAAGGCCUUGCUGCUUUCCUUUUCAAUAUUCAAAUCGGCUUGAAGUUGGCUUUGUCAAUGUUAAAGUAGGAUUUCAAAGUACAUGUAUCAUUGAAUUAACAAAAACAAGCAUGGAGGUCGUGGGUUCGAGUCCCACCCGAGUGAUUUUUCCCAACUUUCACUCGGGAGGUAACACACCGAGUAUACAGUGUUCAUACGUCGGUGAAGGGCAAAACCUAAUUGGAUUUACAUCACCCGACGCAAAAAGAAAAUCAUUCUUAUGAAAAACAAGCAUGGUUCUCGAAAUGAUAACACUGAUUUUGGCUCCGAAAAAAAA